AUGGGAAAAAAGGGUAAAAAUAAGAAGGGAUAGAAUCUUAAUAAUAAAUAAACAGAAAAUUCUGUCAUACUUGAAACUCAAACUUUGAAAGAGGAAGAACUUAAAUCUAGCUCAUAGCAAGAUCAACUUUAGAAGGAGACAACUAAUAUAUAUCCUAUGGAAAAUAAAUAAGAUAAGACUGAGACAGAUCAAGAAUCAAAUGUUGACUACAAAAUAUUGAAGACUAUUUAAGUAUCAAGCAUGCUAAAAAUUGAUUCCUAAGUAGUUAGAAAUAAGAUAUCUAAUUAGGAAAAAACUAAAAAUCAUUCCAUUUCGAAUGAGGAGAUCAAAGAUGAAAAUGAUAGAAUCGGUCAGAAAAAACAAAAUAUUGACAAUGAGCAUUCAUAAACUAAAAAUGAAAAUAACCUUUCUUAGGAUAUAAAUUGUUACUAUAAAGUAGUUGGAAAGUUUCAAGUUCUAUUGGAGGGAUGGCUUGAAGUUUCUGUGAAUAUGGGAGAUAUUACUGAUGAGAAAGUAGAUGCUAUUACCAAUGCUGCAAAUGAAUAUCUUUAACAUGGAGGUGGAGUUGCUGGAGCCAUUUCAAAAAAAGGAGGGCCAAAAAUUCAGCAAGAAUCAAAUGAAUGGGUGAGAGAUCAUGGGAGAGUAGAGACAGGGACUGCUGGAGCUGUGACAAGUGCAGGUAGAAUGAAAAAUUGUUAAUAUGUCAUUCAUGCUGUAGGUCCAGUUUGGACUUAUGCUUUAGAUUAAGCUUCCAAACUUGAAUGCGAGUCUAUUUCAGUGCCUGCUAUUUCAUCUGGAAUAUUUGGAUUCCCGAGAAAUUUAUGUGCUCAGAUUCUAUUUGAUGCUGCAGAAGAAUUUUGUUACUAAAACCAGCAAGACUCAACUAGUUUGAGAUACGUUAGAUUUACUAACUUUGAUAAACCUACCGUAGAUGUCUUUUAAAAAGAAUUCUAAUAUAGAUAUAAAAGUUAAGUUCCUAUUCAAAAAUAAAAGAAAUCUGACUAAAAUGAUCCACUUUCAAUUAUAAUGAGAAAACCUCCGAAUGAAUCUGAAACAAAUUAAAUGGAAUUAUCUAAUGAAGAAGACUAAUGCCAAUAAAAUCAAUCUGAAACUAGCAAAAUUGAAACAAAAGAUAAUAUUCCAAUUUUACAUAAUAGUGCAUAAGAUAAACAAGAAGAGUUGUCUUCAAAUAAGAUUGAUAUUCAUGGAUAUAAGUCACUAGAUUAAUUUCAUAAAGUAGAACAAAUCUCUGAGUAGUCACAACCAAAUAAUUAACAAAAUUAGAAUGAGGAAUAACUAAAAAAUAGUUUACCUUUAAGCUAACCAGAUCUGGAUGACAUUCAAGCUCAAUCAAUUUAAAUUGCUGAAAAAGAUAAUGAUAAAAUGAUUAUAAACAUUGGCAAAGGUUAAAAUUCAUAAAAAUAGAAUAUAAAUGAUGGGACUUUAUUUCAAAACACGAUAUAAAAGCAAGUGCAUUUGAAUUAAGGACAAACUGUAAAUAUAAAAUAUGUCCCAAAAGGCAGCCAUUAAGAAGAGGAAUUGGAAAAAUAGAAUAAGAAAUAUCAAAAUAAUUUUGAAGAUAAUAGGGUGAGUACCAAACCUCAUUAUCAUUAGAAUUUCUAUAAUGAAAUCCCGAAUGAUCAUAACCGAAUUCACUAAGGAAUAGGAAAUCUUUAAGAUAGCCAUAGAAGUAAAAUUCAUGAAAGAGAUUAUAACCAUCAAUUUUCCUAUGGAAGCUAAGAGUAUAAAUAUGAAUUCCGGGUAAAAGAUACAACCUUGAAGUCUAUUCAAGAUUAAGAAACUGUAUUUAAUAAUUAGUAAUAAUAGAAGACUGUUCUAUUAAAACCAUAGAGUUAGGAUGAUAAAUCAAUUAAAAACAAGGAAAGUAAUGAAAUUGGUUGCUUAAAAGAAAAAGGCACUUCUAUUGAAAAGAUUGGUGAGAAUAUAUCCAAGUUAUCUAAUCCAAAAUAAACUUAACCUGCCAAUCUAGAAAAAGAAUCACCUAAAAAGAAGGCUAAGUCUAAGUAGGUUCCUAAAUUUGAAUUAGAUGGUUGGAAAGGAUUAGAACCACAGCAUUUUAAUUGA